CGAGCAGACGCCCGGGCUUCGAGCUGCGAGCUCCGGUCUCCCGCCAUGGUCCCCGCUCCGCCCCCCGCCGCCUCCUUCUCACCCGCCGAGGUCCAGCAGCGCCUGGCGGCCGGCGCUUGCUGGGUCCGCUGCGGGGCUCGCCUCUACGACCUCACCGGCUUCUUGCGGCAGCACCCGGGGGGCGAGCAGCUGCUGCGGGCGCGGGCCGGCCAGGAUGUUAGCAACGACCUGGACGGGCCUCCGCACCGGCACUCGGCCAACGCGCGCCGCUGGCUCGAGCAGUACUACGUGGGCGAGCUGCAAGGAGACCCCCAGGGUUCCAUGGAGAACGGGGCUGCAGUCUCUGCGGACACGCAGAAGACAGACCCAGCGAUGGAGCCGAAGCUCAAAGUGGUAGACUGGGACAAGGACCUGGUAGACUGGCAGAAGCCCCUACUGUGGCAGGUAGGCCACUUGGGCGAGAAGUACGAUGAGUGGGUCCACCAGCCGGUGACCAGGCCCAUCCGCCUCUUCUACUCAGACUUCAUCGAGGCCCUCACCAAGACUGUCUGGUACAGCGUCCCCGUCAUCUGGAUGCCCCUGAUGCUGUACCUCAGUUGGUCCCACUACCGAACCCUCGCCCAGGGCGAUGUCCGACUCUUCGCUUCCUUCACCACAGAGUACUCGGUAGCCAUGCCUAAGUCCGUGUUCCCGGGCCUCUUCGUGCUGGGGAUGCUCCUCUGGAGCCUAACAGAGUACCUCCUCCACCGCUUCCUGUUCCACAUGAAGCCCCCCAGCAACAGCUAUUACCUCAUCACGCUGCACUUCAUCAUGCACGGCCAGCACCACAAGGCACCCUUCGACGAGUCCCGCCUGGUCUUCCCCCCUGCGCCAGCUUCGCUGGUGAUCGCCUUCUUCUACACAGCCUUGCAGCUCCUCCUGCCCGAGGCGGUGGGGGGCACCGUGUUUGCGGGCGGCCUUCUGGGCUACGUCCUCUACGACAUGACCCAUUACUACUUGCACUUCGGCUCGCCGCACAAGGGCUCCUACCUGUACAGCAUGAAGGCCCACCACGUCAAGCAUCACUUUGCACAUCAGAAGUCAGGAUUUGGCAUCAGCACUAAAUUUUGGGAUUACAUUUUCCACACUCUUAUGCCGGAAGAACCCCACCUGAAGAUCCAGUGACAAUUCCCUGCCCCACUGUGGCCCCUGUCCCACCCCCGCCCCAUCCAGACCCUGCGAGAAGGUUUGCCUGGCCAGGCAGGAUGGGCUUUGUCCAGCUCUUGGGCUUGGUGAAGGGUGCUGGGGAGACCCUAAAGACUGAGACUUCCCUCCCGACCCACCACAGGAGGGUCACGUCCACUUGGUGGCCACGUGGCCCUCGGGGACUAGCUCUUUCCUGCAGCAUCCCAGCCUUCCCACCGGCACCUCUGCCCAGAAUCAGCCCACAGGACUGCUUGAGGACCCGGCCAAGGGGAAUGACGGCAACGGACCCCUGUGGCUUCCGGGCAGGUCUGUGAUCCACCUGUGUCUUAGCACCUCGGGCUCCCUGGGAGCCACCCCCACAGCAAAGAGUGGGGUCUGCAGGGCCUCUGCCCUAGUCUCCCCACCUCCCCUUCCCGGGGGCGGUUUGAUGGCUCUGGCUUUCUCCCGAUGAGUGGAGAACACUGAGGUGGAUGAAGGGCUCUCACAGGAAGAGACAGCAUGAUGCCUCCCACAGGCCAUCCCGGAUCCCAGGGCAGUGCCUCCGUCCACUGCCAAUCACAGAUGCCAGCUGUACCGCCAGGUGCCUCAGGCCGAGACACAGGCCCGGCCCUCACCUGCCUGUGCAGACGGGGCCAAGGCUAGCUGGCAUUGGCCUCAAGGCUGGCGGGAGCCCGGGCCCCUUUCUUUAGGAACCACCAGCUGCUCUAGCCAUCUCCCUGCCUCCAGAAUCACAAAGCUUUGCUCCAAGGUCGGCUAAAGAGGCCUCUCUAUGGGGGGGGGAGCCCCACCCCAUUCCCAGCCAUUCUUGACCUCCACCUGGCACAGGUGGGCCCCUGCCCCCCACUCAGGACCCUUCCAGCAGUGCCUCCUUAGGCCCAGAAGGAGCCUUUAUUCGGUGCCUUAUCUCCCUCCCCAUUGGCUUCCCCAUCCAGCAGAUGAGGUUCCAGCCCCUUUCCCUCAUAACCAAAACCCUCGCUGCUCGUGAGAGGGUCUUAUUUAUAAACGAUAUAAAUGCUCCAGUAGCUGCUCAGAUCGCCCUUUCUAAUUCUAUGUGUUGAGCUUAUGUAAACCUUUGGUCCUAUUUUUGUUCCCUUCUUACCCGCAAACCAUUACUACUUGAAACGUUUAAAACACUCGACGAGCAUAAAGGCUAAAGAGAAGCAGUUUGACCGCUCCUGUGAUUUGUACUGUUUACUGCGGAGUUAUUUAAAGAUUUUGGAAUAAAUAUACAAACUACAGUUGUGAAAUAAAGGUGUAAAUAAAUUGUAUAUUUUGAAAAAUAAAGACAUUUAAAAAGAAA